AUGAACGAUCCGCAUAGCAAACAAUCUUCUCACUUGGAUCGUAAAGAUCACGACGAUCAUCUCAAGUCCACCAAUCAGCUGUCGCUUCAAAUUGCUCAACCAAUGUCCUUCCAUCACAGCCUAUCGGUUCACUUUGGAAACAUACUGGGAGUUGAUGCAGACUGCAUUGUGAACGCAGCCAACGAAGGUCUGCUGGGCGGCGGAGGCGUUGAUCAUCUUAUUCACCAGGUUGCAGGUCCGGCACUCGCGCAGUUCUGUUUCAAGCUACCUGUCGACUCUCAAGGAGUCCGCUGUUCAGUUGGCCAUUCUGUGAUUACACCCGGCUUCAUGCCGAAGUAUAAAUUUAUUAUUCACACUGUUGGCCCUUAUCUUGAUGAGCAAGGCCAAAUACAACCCAAAUUACUUGCUGAUUGCUACAGGACAGCAUUCAAACUGGCGAUAGACCAUGGCUGCAGAAGUGUCGUCUUUCCAGCUAUUGCCACCGGGUUUUACGGCUAUCCGAUGUUGGAAGCCGCACAAAUCACUAUCGAAACCCUCAACUCGAUGUUACAGCAACUAGAAACAGGCAUUUCGAUCAAUGUGUGUAUUGCUGUGUUCAAUGAUUUGGAACAGCAGAUUUGGAGAAAACUGUUGAAUAAAUAA